UCCUGUUUCCCCUGCCUCCCUCUGCCUCCCUCUGCCUCCCUCCUUGUCACAGGACAGCAACCUUUCAUCCAGAGUAGCGUUAAAGCAUCAGUAGACAGCAGUCCCAUUCACGCUGCUGGGGGAUACGGCUCGUUAGACCGCGGUCCGGUGUCAGUCUCACGCCUCUGAGAUGCCAAUACAGUCGGGCUUCACCGAUAUAGCUCGUCGUGGCUUUUGCACAGAUUUUUGAGAAGCAUCACUGUGGUACCCCUGUCCAUUCACGUAAGCCAGCUGGCGAGGUGUGAAAAGUCAGUGUCAUGACUGGAGCUGAGACUGAGGAUGAUAUUCCAUUAGGCGAAAGGAAGACUGUCACGGAUUUCUGCUAUCUCUUGGACAAGUCUAAGCAACUCUUCAAUGGGCUACGAGACCUUCCACAGUAUGGACACAAGCAGUGGCAGUCCUACUUUGGACGGACCUUUGAUGUCUACACCAAGCUGUGGAAAUUUCAGCAGCAACACAGGCAGGUUCUGGACAGUCGGUAUGGCUUGAAGAGAUGGCAGAUUGGGGAAGUUGCAUCAAAAAUUGGACAGCUUUACUACCACUACUACCUUCGUACCUCAGAAACAAGUUACCUGAAUGAGGCCUUUUCAUUCUACUCAGCCAUCCGUCAGCGCUCCUACUACUUUCAGGUCAACAAAGAGGACAGGCCGGAAUUAGUAGUGAAGAAGCUUCGAUAUUAUGCUCGCUACAUAGUCGUCUGUUUACUGCUGAACAAGAUGGACCUUGUCAAAGUUUUGGUAAAGGAGUUAUCUGAAGAAAUCGAAGACUACACACAGCGAUUCAACACAGAGGACCAAUUGGAAUGGAAUCUGGUUCUGCAAGAGGUGGCAGCUUUUAUAGAGGCGGAUCCAGUGGUAGUUCUGAAUGACAACAAUUCUGUCGUCGUCACCAGCAAUCGACUGCAGGAGGGGAGUGUGCCUCCAUUGGAACAAGGCAUGGUGGUUGGGCAGCUCGUCCUUGCAGAUUCACUAAUCAUCGGCAACUGUAACAACCAGGUGAAAUUCAGCGAGUUAACCAUCGAUAUGUUCCGUAUGCUUCAAGCUUUGGAGAGAGAACCUGUAAACCUGGCCACACAGACUUCGAAACAGGGGUCACAGGAAUCCAAUGAGAAGCCAGCUAAAAGAGAAAACCCUCACAAAUAUUUGCUGUACAAGCCAACAUUCAGCCAGCUUUUUACUUUCUUGUCUGCUUCUUUCAAGGAAUUGCCUGCCAACAGCGUUUUGCUUGUCUACUUGUCUGCAACUGGAGUCUUCCCUACGGGGCAUUCAGAUUAUGAAGCAUUUCCUGUAGGACCAUAUGACUUUGGAGGAGUUCUCACAAAUACAAAUCGAGAUGUGGUGAAUGGAGAAAUGGUGCAGAAGAGGAAUCAAGCCCAGAAAGAAAUGCACUGCCUUCAUCCAGGGGAUUUAUUCCCUUUCACGCGGAAGCCACUUUUUGUCAUUGUGGAUUCUUCAAACAGCGGAGCCUACAAGAAUUUCACAAAUCUGUUUGGCCAGCCUCUGGUGUGCCUACUGUCACCUACAGUGUAUCCCAAGAGUGUACAAGAUCAGUCUCAGCGUGGGAGUCUCUUCACUUUGUUCCUCUACAGCCCACUCCUGGCUUUCUCCUCAGUGUGUGGCUUAAGCAACGUACGACGAGGACUGUGGGAGAGGGCUCAAGAUUUUCUUCGCAAAGUAUACCGUGACAUUGGGCAGAUGAUAACUCGAUCACGAACCAUAGAUCAGGCCUUUUUACAAUUCUUUGGGGACGAAUUCCUUCGACUGCUGCUUAUCCGCUUUGUCUUCUGCUCAGCUGCCCUGAGACUACAUAAACUCUUUCGGGAGUCCCGGAGCUUCCCAGAGUCAUACCCUGAGCUCCCCAAACAGGACACAGUGGAGAGCAGUCUUCUACAGAAGCAUAUUUUGGAGCUGGCAACCAUGUUGGAUGUGCAGAGCUUAUUUUGGGAUGAAUCACUGGAAGGCUACUAACAGGGCAGAAUGGCAUAUGUGUACAUACAGACUCAGCUGCCGGAGCCCUCUCAGUUGUCUUUCUUUCUUCUUCUUCUUUUUUUUUUUUUAAACAGAAAAUGAAAUAACUGAUUUAGCACAUUGUUCAUGUUCUGCAUUAACUGUUACUUGUGAAAGCAAAUGUAGGGCAACAUUAAAAUGUUCACAUAGAUAAGCCAGAGAGUUUAACACAGUGUAAAUUCCAUAUUUUGAGUCUCAGCGACUUGCCUCAUAAAUAUAAGCAUAAGACGAAAGAGUAAACAAACAAGUGGGACGUCGCAAAUGACUUUUCAACUCGCCAUUCCCCGUCCGCGUGUGAGGUAAAAACUGCAGUCUCUAACUUUAAUCCUCAUGUCAGACAAUUGUAAAGAAAUUGAGAGUCCUGGUUUUGUGAGGUUUUUUUUUAUUUCAUUAAGUAAUAUUUAUUAUUGUUUAUUACAGUGAAAGUUGUGUAAACUUAAAGGAUAGAGGAUGGAAGAAUCCUGGACAGCUUUCAGAUGUGACUUUAUCCAUCUGCAUGAGGGCAAAGCAGGGUUGUGUCAAGAAAGAACACAGGGAUAAAACUCAAAACUUUAAAAACAAGUAUAAUGUCAGCACGUUAUUUUGCACACUAAGUUGAAAUUUUUCACCAAAAAAAAAAAUGUUAAUUCUGGUCUGGAUUUUUGUAUUUGCUGUAUAACAGCUUAACUUGUAGCAGGCUGAGGUGCAUGAGUUCAUGUUCUGUUGUGUGUUGUGAGCCCUCAUUAGUUGUAAAAUAUAUCACAGUCCUUCAUGUCAUUAACCAGCAAUCUAACAAAUACCUUUAAUCGUCCAUUGUUUCGGUCUUGUGCGUUUUGAAAGUGAUAAUUAUUCCUUUUCCAUAUCACUGUGCUGUAUUUGCAUGCAAAAAGGCAAAGAAAUGUGUCAGUUUUGUUAUGUUAGCCACAAAGAAUGGUCUCCGUCUUUAAAUGAACAAUUGACCCGGAAAUGAAAAUUCAAUCAUUAUCAGUCCUUAUUCAGUUCUGAGGUCUCAAACUGAAUUGAAAGGAUAUUUUUACACCUGAUUUACACCUUUUUUUAAACCAGUAUUUUCACUGUACACACACACACGUGAGAGCUCACGUAUCCUCUCACCUAUCUGUGCACACUAAUGCUUUCAACUUAGUGGCUGCAGUAGAGGAUUUUGGCUUAAAAAAGGGGUGUAAAUAAAGUCUUUUCAAAUCAGUUUGUUAUCUCAGGCCUUCUGCUGACUUUGAUUACAUCAGACAAGUUGCAUGGGUCCAUUUUCAGUUUUUUUUUUCUUCUUUUUUUCUUCUUUUUUUACAUUUUGAAGCAAGCUUCUUCAAUUAUUCUGGAGAGUGAUACAGUACUUUUUGCUGGAAAGCUCCAGAAAUAUUUUGUGGACUAAAAAAAUGAGUAGAUAAUGAUUGAAUUUUACUGUUCCUUUAAGGAUAUAAAAAACACUCGUAGAUUUGAAAUUGUCAUGGGUUGGGAAGUAAAUGGCGCCAGUGCAUGUGUUUCUUGGGCCUCUACAUUAGUAGUUGAGUCGGCAAAUGAAGACAAUCUAGUUUGAUAACGGAGGAGAUGACUUGGUGAAAGGUAAAGGUACCACCUCUGAAACCUCCAUGUUGGUUCAGUACAUUCGUUGUUGGCUUGGAACUUUUCAAAAAAUUUAUGGAUGAUUAGAAAAGUACAUAAUAUCAUCUGACUUAUCCUUUGAAAUUCGACUUUUUUUCACCCCCAAUGCAGCUAAAGGUCUUGGAAUAGCUGAAAACUAAAUUAUCAAUAUGUAAUAUUUUUUUGCCUUUAAAUUUUGCUUGGACAGUUUCAUAUGCUCCACGUGUUAACAUAUCCCAAAGUAGAAAUGAGCUGAAGACAGGUAUACAAAGUCAGAACGUUAUCAGACAUUGCCAUUAGUGAUUUAUUUCUGGCACCAGCAAGGGGAGUGAUUGCACAGGCCGUUGUGAUGACAAGCUGAGAGUUAACCGAACUUGACCAAAAUGUUUAAAUAAUUGAUUGAUACAGGAAGUGGCCAAGCUGUCUGGUUGAAAUCAAGAUUUUUGACCUGACAGUAAUAAUAAUAAUAUGAAGAAGAAGAACACUAUUUUUAGUGUUUGUUAUAUUUAUUGACUUUGCUGAGUAUGUGUACAGGUAAUGUAAAGAGAUGUUUUGGCAGAUGUGUUUGUUCAGUAUUUAGAAAGUCUGUGUAAUGAAAUAUGAGGUAGAAAUUAAGGAGGAGCAAAACGUUCAUGAGGCCUGCUUGCUCUUUGGCCUUUUUUUUUUUUAAAAAAAAAAAAAAAAAGUUUAAAAAUGUUACAUUCCAACUUUCCAAGAACUUGAAGAGAGACAGAGGAAAACCACCACUGUUUUCUCCAUUUUACAUGUGUCUGGGAAAGUGAGCCGUUUAUACAUUUUCUUCAUUUUCAUUGUAAGAUCAAUAUUUCCAUGUUCUCUUGUGUUGACAGUUAUAACAAUUAAAAUAUUGUAGGCUUGCACUUAAUGAAGUUUGAUACUGUUAUGAUCUUGUUUGUUGUGUUUUAGGGGGGAAAAAAAAAGAGAAAAAUCCUUCUAUGUGAUUGUUCUUCACGCCAGACCCGCACACUGGUGACCUUUUUUUUUUUAUUAUUAUUAUUUUUUUUUAAACAGUGAGUAAAAACUGUGUGAGUCACUGAUAUCAAAUAUUUUCCUACAGGAAAUCUUUUCAUCUGCUGUCCCUUUUUAAACAGCUUCUGCCUGAAUUGUGUCAAACAUGUUGACUGGUUUCUGCAAUACCGUUUGAAAUGAGGAGAAACUAUUGUUUUCUAGCCGGUGAUGCUCUAAGACCAUGGUGCCGGUGGGAUUUGCUGUGCCAGUCACGAUUAUUUAGUUUGCAAAUCAAUAUAAAUAACAUUUUUUAAAAUAUAUUAUUUGAACAUAAAUCAGGGCAGAAGAAGACGAAGAAAUGUGUUUGUUUUAAUUGUCAAAUAUUGCAUGUUGACAAGUUGUAUGUUAAGUCUCAAAAACUCACGUUUGUAUGUUUACAACAUGUUAUUCUAUAGUGUGUUCCCUGAACUCAUAAUCAAUGAAAAUAGCAAAUAUUGUCUCCUAAUGGCACAAAACAAGCAUUAUUUCAUGGGAAAUAACCCCAAGCAGUGAAGUGACACUGUACUCUGAUCAUAAUGAUAACUAUUAAAAGAAACGAAUAAACAAGGUAACUUUUA